ACUCACACCCUUCAUUUCUGUCAAUUCGGCAAGGACGAUUAAUAGGUGCUGGGAGUUAUGGUGUAGUUGUGAGAGGAAAAUUUCCAUUUUAUCAUGGAACAACAGCACUCAAAAUUACAGGAAGCAAUGCUGACUGUUGCAAAGAAGGGGAAAUUGGUGGAUUGCUACUGGGCCAUGAAAAUAUCCUCAAGUAUUAUGGGUACUGGAAAGUGGCAAGAAAAGAUUUGCACAAAAGCCUGCUCGAAAUACAUGACACCAAUUCAAAAAAUAAGUAUCCUAAGUCAACAUUUUUUAUAAUUCAUACCGAAUUUUGCAACGGGGGAAGCUUACAAGACUGGCUUCUUGGCUCAUUAAAUAACAAGUUACCAAAACGGCACUAUAGAAGCAGGGAAAAUGCGGAACAAUUUUUUGCUCAGAUUUUGGAAGGAGUGGCAUUCCUGUUCCAAAAGGAAAUUGUGCACGGGGACCUCAAGCCUCCAAAUAUUUUUCUACAUCAUACAAAAUCAGGAACGGUAUUAAAAAUCGGUGAUUUUGGUGGAGCCUUUGUGGCAAGCGGACAGGAGAGACGUGAAAUUCAUUGGACACCAUUAUACGCCGAUGUCGAGAGUAUUGUCAACAAAAAGGUGUCCUUCAGUUAUGACAUGUACUCCGUUGGCUGCAUCUAUUCCAUCAUGUUCAUGUCGAAAAUAAUGGAGAUGGAUCAAGAUCUAGUAGAGAACAGAGAGAACACGCUCUUCACAAACUAUUAGUACAGGUCAAAACUUCCGGAUUUUGCAAUACUCUAAGAUUCCAAAACCAAUCUGAAAGGGGACAAUUAAUUGAGCAAAUGUUACAUCCCAACGAGACGUACCGACCAAAUCCACAAGAUGCAAAAACACUGUUCACUAAAUUUCUAAAGAGUAAACGAUCCGAAUCAUUCCAAAUUCCUGGCCGAAAUCCUUUGUUCCGAGGUAGAAAUGACGUGUUCUUCAACAUAUCUCAAAAUUUGUCCCCACCUAAACGUUUGCUGCUUUAUGGGCUGGCUGGAACUGGAAAAAAAUCUAUCAUUGCAGAAUAUCUGUAUAAUUCAGAAAUUGUCGAUAAACACAAUGUCUACUGGUUCCAUGCUGACUCGUUGUCAAUUUUGGAACGGGAAUAUGUCAGCUUUAUGGAAACCAGAAAUUGUGGCACAAAAAUCCCUCAUGUUAAAUCGUGGCUUGAAAGUGAUAAUUCAAAUUGGGUAGCCAUUUACGAAAAUGUCCUCUCGUAUGCAAGUAUUCAACACCUCCUCCCAAAAAACAACGGUAUUGUUGUUUACACAUCGCGGAGUGCAUCCUUUCCCCCGGAAUUCUUUAAAAUCAAUGUUGGCCUUUUACAAUUGUCAGAUUGUGCAGAGUUUAUACAAAACGCGAUAAUUCUCUCCGACGUCAAAAACACAAUAUCUGUCCCCACUCAAGCGGAAUGUGCACAACUCUCAAAGGAAAUGGGAUAUCUUCCAACAGCAAUUGGACAAGCGUUGGCCUUCAUCUGCAGUGAUAACAACGAAGUGACUACAGUUCCAGAUUUUUUGGAAUUCCAUCGCAAAAACAUGGAACAAUUUGACACUGAUGGGAAAAUUAUGAAAUUCGCAAAGACGAACUUAAGCCCUAUCUAUGCCACAUUGCUAGGCACACUUUAUCAAAUUAAGCAAGAAAGCGAACUUGCUUUCCGAUUUGUAAAAGCAAUUUCAUACUUACACUGUGAAAACAUACCUGCUUCUUUUAUUGACACGUUUUUCGAAGGGCAAGAUGAAGGCAAUACCAAACUAAAAACUCUGAAAAUAUUAAACUCUUAUUCAAUCCUCCAACGUAGUGAAACAAGUGACGCAAAGUUUUCAGUAUCUCGAGCUCUUCAAGAAACAGUUACGAUAACCUUUUACUACGAAUUUAACGAGACGGUGCAAGACAUUGGCAAAAUAUUAAAACAAUAUUUACCCAGAAGAAGCAACCCGUUGAAAGGGUAUGGAUGUGUGCUAAAACAGGGAGAAUUAAUUUCCCAUCUCGAAUCUAUUAUUGACCACAUUGACAAUUAUGUAUCGUUUGUUCAAAAAGAUUCAAAAAUUCUUACUGUCGAACAGCAAGAAAACCUCAGAAGCGUGCUGAGGAGACUUUUGAAAAAUUUAAAAUCACUUAAACGAGCUUACGUAACUCUGCAAAACCGAGAAGCUGUUAAAAGCAUAGCAAAUCGAAUAGAACUACUUGAAACAACCCUGUAUGGAGAUGAGAGUCGUUUUCUUGGAAAUAUUCAAAUGGCAAAUGGCAAAUUUAUUUUGCAAUCUGCAAGCAUGACAAGAAAUGCCCCACAAUUUGAGGAAUCAAUAUUUCAAGCAAUUGAUAAAUUCAAGGAAGCCGUUCCACUAAUAGAAGCUCAAUGCAAUGUAAACUCAAACCGAUUUUACCUGGCAGACUGCUACAGUUAUUUGGGGGAUUGUUACGCAAUGUUAGUAGGGAGACAGCAUUUUCAAGUUUCAUGGAAAGGUUAUUCAGACGAGGGAAGAAACGGGGCUGAAGAUCGAUUACAUUUGUCACAAACAUACUACUUUAAAGCAAUAGAUGAACUUCAAAGUGUUUUAAAAGAUCAUAUAAAAGUUUUCUUUCUUCAGAAAAUUUCUUCAGUAUUUCAUAAAAUGGCAACGAAUUCUAAAAAAUUUCCGUCAUCAUGCGACCAAUCAUUGAAGGAGGAAGUUUUUCUGGUCCUCUCAAUUCACUAUGAUAUGCUUCAAACCCACAUAACUGCACGAGGUGUAGACGUUGACGUCGAAAAAGUCUUAAAAAACUACAGACACUUCCAAAUUGACCUGGAUUUCUUGAAACGUCUGCUCGAGUCUUGGGUAGCUAAGUCUCAAAACACAAAGAAAAUGUUAUGCCGUCUACAUGAUUUUUAUCACGAGCAUCUUUCUGACUACAGAGAACAAUACACUCUCGUGCAUAACGUACUGGACAACAAAAGUACAAGAAAUGUGGUCACAUUCGGUAAAAAAUAUAUUAAACCAGAUCGCUUAACAGCUGGAAGUGGUACUGAAGUGAUAUUAAAGGCUUUGGAUGAUUUGAAAUCGUCAUCCCCGGACAACCAAAUCGCCAUAGCAAGCAUACAUCUACUUCUCGCCAAAUCUCUUCGAAAAGAGAGUAGGAUAAGAGAAUCUUUAACAAGCCUUGAUUCUGCAUUGUCCAUUUAUCUCAAACAAUACACAGGACAUAGUACCACACUUGCUACGUUAUACACACGAAUGGCCGAGUGUCACGUUCUGCUUAACGAAAAACCUGAAGCUCGUCAACUCUACGAACAGGCUUACAAUCUAUGGAAAACAUUUAAUUUAUUGGAGAAGAAGAAGAAAAUAAUUUUUAGCGACUUUCUUCAGAAAUAUGCUGCCACCAUACCGGAUGAGGAGAUUACAUUGAAAAUACAACUAUGGGAAGAGUGCUUAGCAUUUGCAGAAAAAGCUGAAAUCAAGAAUGAUGGGGGACAUGUCGGUUACAUUAAAGAAAUCCUUGGAUCACUGUAUUUGGACAAGGGGGAUUUUUCAUCUGCUUGGAAAAUGUUGCAGGAGGCUUUGGAUAUUUUCAACAAGUAUGAAGUAAUACCAAAGGGGGAUGCCUCUAGAGUUGCUUGCAUGAAGAAGCUUAUCAAAUCUGUAGAACACUUAAAGUGCGCAAAGCCUUUGUCAGAACGAUAUUCAAAAGCUUUGACACUGGAGACCACUACUGACAACGAAAAUAGUGUCCCACAACAGGAUGAGGAGGGUCAAGGUAUUAGGAAGCUCAGGCGGAAUCGAAAACCAGCCAGAAUAAAAUAUAAAAAGAGAAGAGAAAUCUGGAUGAAAAAAAUUGAUACUACAAAUAAUUGAAUUAGUCAUAAAAAAUACUGUUGUGAUUUAUGCUAUUUAAAUUAUAUUAGACUUUCCAUAAUAAUACAUAUAAAAAAACAUAGCGGAUUGGUUAAUACUUAAGUCAUAAGUUAAUCUGUAUUUAUUUUCAUACAAAAUUUCAGAAAGUAAAGUUAUAGUUCAUUAAAAACAUGCGUGUUAAUUUCAAUUAAUGCAUUUAUUUCCUAAGUAUGUCAAUCUAUGUGAUAUAUUAUUAAUUAGUUGGUCAUUAGGAGUGGAUAAUUUGCUUGGUUAAAGUUCGACUCUACGUAAUGAGUAAAAGUUUUUAACUAAAAAUAUGUCACGUGUAUAAUUAUUAAUCGAUAGUUUAAAACAUUUAAUUCACAUCAAACAGAAAUCUCUAUAAAACGACCUUGAGACAUAAAACCUAGCUGUAAAUUUAUUUCGAGUGUGUACGUAUAAAUACCUACAAACACACCUUUAUCUCCUUCGUAAUGCUCUACUCGAAUUUCUUAUAGGUCAAGCCUCAUUUAAUUUAAUGAAGUAACAAUCACUAAAACAAUCGCAACCACACCAUCGAGAAGCAUCGCAAAUAAAACAAGGAUAUUGUUGUCUGUUAAGUAAUAUCAAUGUACAUAUGCACAUCUCAUCGUCCGUGUACCUGACAUUACUUACGAGCAUGUAGGGCUUAGAAGUCAAGGAAUAUGUUUGUAUGACGAAGGGUGUUGUUGCUUCUGUUGGUUUUACAUAUUGGUGGUGGUGACACAAUGGACCUCGAACACCCAGAGCGAGAUGCAUUUAAUAAAGUGUUUUGUUCAAGUUCAAAGUCGUGAUUUGAUCACAUCAAUUACACAAGAAUGAAAUGUAAGCUAGUGUAAUGGGAUGUUAAACAGGUGGAUAAGAAGAGAGAUUGAGGUUAUCUUGUGAAUAAUGAAAGUGAAUUCAAUUGUCUGGUUUCUGGGCCGGCUGGGUCAUGUGAGUGAUCCAUCUUUCUCGAUCUAUUAAGCAAAAUCAAUUAAUUAUUAUGAGAUAAAUGUAGCAAGUUCCUUCCGGGUUGUGAUGAUGACAAUACAUACAAAAGUAUCUACGUAAGCUACAUAUGUGUGAUGCAACAUUAUGCAAAUUAACUUACGACAUUGAAAUAUUUAUAGUCGAAUGCUAAACAAAACACUAAAGAAACUUUGUAAUUAGAAAAUUAAUUUCAAAAAAUAUUUACAAGUAAUUUUAUUAUGGAGAUAAUCUUGUAGCGACAAAUCCUCAAGUUUAAAUCUUUAUUAUUCAGGAACUAGAAAUUCCAUAAAAAUUGGAUUGCAUUUGUAUAAAUUUUUUGAUCCAGUUUAAUAUCCAUGAAUCAUGCAUGUUUUUCUCAUUUUUACGAGCAACUUGUAAUAAGUACUUCUAUACAUAUGUUCUGGGUGAAUAAUCACCAUCAAAAGUUUAGUUAUCAUUUCCUUACUAGAUUAUUACAGCCUAAUCCCAAC